AUGCCAACAGUGACCGUAACAAAACACUUUCUGCUUCUUUUAUGCAUAACAUCAUCUUUGUGUUUCUCCUCCUUUGCUCUCGCUCCCUCUACAAUACAAUCAUGUGCCAACUAUGCAUUCCCUAAUAAUAGAGAGUUUGCGUCAUGUGUUGAUCUUCUUGUUUUGAACUCAUUUUUACAUUGGACGUAUUACCCAUCUUCAAGCACAGUUCAAGUCGCUUAUCGGCACACAGGAAUAACUUCAACAACAUGGGUUGCAUGGGGUAUCAAUCCCACGUCAAAAGGCAUGGUAGGCACACAGGCAUUGAUCACACACCAGAAAUCAGAUGGAACAAUUGAUGCUUACAGGUCGCCUGUUAAUAGCUACAAAACUCAGUUGUUAGAAGGAAAUUUGAGUUUUAAAGUCUCAUAUUUGUCAGCAAUGGUUGUCAACCAAGAGAUUAUCAUCUUUGCUACUCUGGAGCUCCCCAAGAACACUAGCACUAUAAAUUAUGUUUGGCAAGAUGGUCCUGUAUUAGGGAACGUUUUGGGAAUGCAUAGUCUUUCUGGACAGCAUCUUCAAUCUAUGGGGACUUUGGAUCUUUCUUCCGGGAUAUCAAUGCCAACAAAAGGAGGAAAUUCCAAAGCCAAAUUACGUAACGUUCACGGAGUAUUGAACGUGGUUAGCUGGGGUACCAUGAUGCCUAUUGGUAUGUUACUAGCAAGGUACUUGAAUCCCUCAAACCCUCUAGGCUUCUAUAUUCAUGUUACUUGCCAGUGUUUAGCCUUCAUUAUUGGUGUCGUGGGAUGGGCAACUGGUGUUGCACUUCGUCUCAAGUAUUCGGGCGUUCAUCAUACUGACCAUUUGGCCAUAGGCACCAUUGUCUUCUGCCUCGCAAUACCCCAAAUCUCAUCUUUAUGGCUGCGACCCCAGAGGGAUCAUAAGUAUAGAUCUUACUGGAACACCUACCAUAAAUUUUUGGGAUACAUAGUCCUCGCCUUGGGUAUUUCCAAUGUGUUCAUAGGAUAUAAAAUCUUGAAUCUUGCGAAGGGAUGGGAGAUUGCUUAUUAUGUCAUCUUUGGGGCCUUGUUAUUUGCUCUUGUUGUGCUAGAAGCUUGA